UGAUGAUGAUGGUGGUAGUGAUGAUGAUGGUGGUAGUGAUGAUGAUGGUGGUAGUGAUGAUGAUGGUGGUAGUGAUGAUGAUGUUGGUGGUAGUGAUGAUGAUGGUGGUAGUGAUGAUGAUGGUGAUGGUAGUGAUGAUGAUGGUGGUAGUGAUGAUGAUGUUGGUGGUAGUGAUGAUGGUGGUGACAGUGAUGAUGAUGGUGGUAGUGAUGAUGAUGGUCAGGGGUAAUGAUGGUGGUGGUAGUGAUGAUGGUCAUUGGUCAGGUGGUAGUGAUGAUGGUGGUGGUGGUGACAAUGAUGAUGGUGGUGGUGGUGACAAUGAUGAUGAUGGUGGUGACAAUGAUGGUGGUAAUGAUGCUGAUGGUAGUGAUGAUGAUGGUGAUGAUGGUGAUGAUAAUGGUGAUAGUGAUGAUGAUGGUGGUAAGUGA